AUGCCAUCGCAGCCUGUUGCGCGCCAGCUGUUCCAGGUCGCGAGAACACAUUGUCGCAGUGCCUUUGGUUACGCAUCCACCUCGUCAAGAGCGUGUCCCAAUACCAAUCUCUCUUUUGCGCACACUCGCCAUUUCGGCAGCUUGUUGCGCCCUUCACCAUACACUCGCCAGCUCAAAUCCACACGAAGCCAAGUACUAUCCGUACCGAAUCAGUACACUCGCGCACUGUCUGGCCGACCUCUUCCCCAGCGGCGAUCCGUCUUACUCAACUUCGCAUACCGCAGCGCCGCGAUCCUCGGCACAGGCGUCGGGUUUGUCACAGUACUUUUCAUCGCCUUCUUCUUGUACGACUCAACUACUUACAAAGAGUCUGUGAGCUUCGGUGAUUGCCAUGUCUCCGAAGUCGCCCUAGACCCGCCGCGCGGGGGUCCGAAAAAUCUACCCAUUAUUGAAGCCCUCCUCGACGAUGAUGACGAGAAUGACAAUGCUAAGGACAAGCAACAAAAACCACGACUGGUCAUCCUUGGCAGCGGCUGGGGCAGUGUCGCCCUACUAAAGCAACUUAACCCAGACGAUUAUCAUGUCACUGUCAUCAGCCCAAAGAAUUACUUCUUGUUCACGCCCAUGCUGCCUAGUGCCACUGUUGGCACAUUGGAAUUUAGAAGCCUAGUCGAACCCAUACGAAGGAUACUGUCUCGAAUCCGCGGUCAUUAUCUUCGGGGUGUAGCUGAAGAUGUCGAAUUCUCACAUAAACUUGUGGAGGUUUCACAGAUUGACUCACAGGGCAGGGAGGUCCGGUUUUAUGUUCCUUAUGACAAGCUUGUCAUUGGUGUAGGGUCUAGUUCUAACACCCAUGGCGUCAAAGGCCUAGAGAACUGCCACUUUUUGAAGGACAUCAACGAUGCUCGAAAAAUUCGAAACCAGGUUAUGAGAAACGUAGAGCUAGCUUGUCUCCCUACGACAGAGGACAGCGAACGCCGGCGCCUGCUUUCGUUUGUGGUUAGCGGGGGUGGUCCUACGGGUGUUGAAUUUGCUGCUGAGCUUUUCGACCUCUUGAAUGAGGACUUAACUAGAAAUUUCCCCCGGCUGUUACGAAACGAGAUUUCAGUACAUAUUAUUCAAAGUCGCUCACACAUUCUCAAUACAUACGACGAAGCGCUGUCAAAAUAUGCCGAGGAGCGCUUCGUUCGAGACCAAAUUGAUGUCCUCACAAACUCCCGAGUUAAAGAAGUGAGACCUGAGAAAAUAAUCUUCACGCAGAAGGCUGAUGACGGCUCAGAUGUCACGAAAGAGUUACCGAUGGGUUUCUGUCUCUGGUCUACCGGUGUCUCACAAGCAGAACUUUGCCAGCGCAUCGCAGCAAAGCUCGGGCCUACACAAAACAACCGGCAUGCUCUCGAGACAGAUACUCAUCUUCGACUGAACGGCACACCCCUUGGAGAUGUAUACGCCAUAGGUGACUGUGCAACGGUACAAAAUAAUAGCGCGGACAACAUCAUCUCUUUUCUCCGUGGGCUGGCUUUUAAGCAUGGCAAGGAUCCAGAGACGCUUGAACUCACCUUUAGCGAAUGGCGCAAUGUAGCUAACGCUGUCAAGCGCAAAUUCCCACAAGCAGUAUCGCAUCUCAAGCGUCUUGACAAACUCUUCGAAGCAUUCGAUAAGGACCAGUCCGGCACACUUGAUUUUGGCGAGCUUAGAGAACUAUUGAAACAAAUCGAUAGCAAGCUAACUUCACUUCCCGCUACUGCCCAACGCGCCAACCAACAGGGUAUCUAUCUUGGGCGUAAAUUCAACAAGCUAGCGCAUUGUGCUCCUGGCCUAACUCGAAAUGAAAUCAAAGACGGUGAUGUAGAUGAUGCCUGUUACAAAGCUUUCGAGUAUCACCACCUUGGCAGCUUGGCAUACAUUGGAAACUCGGCCGUUUUUGAUCUCGGUGGUGGAUGGGGCAUCACUGGAGGUAUAUGGGCUGUUUACGCGUGGAGGAGCGCAUAUUUUGCUCAGAGUGUGGGUCUUAGAACCAAAUUCCUAAUGAUGAUGGAUUGGUUAAAGAGAGGUCUCUUUGGAAGAGACCUUGUGAGCUUCUAA